UCGCCGAGACAGCGCGACGCUGUCAGCGGGAGUCCGUCCGUCGGCGGGUUCCAGUCGGAGCUCGGACAGCGAGGCGGCCGUACGCUGCGCGUGAACGCGCUCCGCCGUGAACGCGCUCGCAGCGAACGAGCCUCCAGUGAAGGCGCUUGCAGCCGUCGCCGGGAAAGCCGACGGCAUGGAAGGCGGUUUCUGACUCGAGCACGGAGAGAUUGCCAGAUUCCACCCCAGACCCAGCAUGGCUGUGGACGCUGCCUCCAGCUUCAGUUUCUGUCGUGGCGGACUGGAGCACACCGUGUCAGCUGAAGACCUCAACUACCAGCUGCCCCGCAAGGCAGGUGGUAGCCUGACCUGGCACGACGGGCGCGGUCAGAAGACGGCUGGCGGCCGGACAGUGAAGCUGCUGCAGCAGCCAGGGACAGAGCCGCUGCAGAUACGACCAGGUGAGGCCUUCACCGUGUACCAUACAAGUCCAACGCUCUCUUGCCUAUCCAAGCCCGUGGUCCUGUGGACGCAGCAAGAUGUCUGUAGAUGGCUGAAGAAGCACUGUCCACACAACUACCUGACCUAUGUGGAGGCCUUCUCGCACCACGCCAUCACAGGACGGGCAUUGCUGCGGCUAAAUGGGGAGAAGCUGGAGCGCAUGGGUAUCGUCCAAGAGACUUUGCGGCAGGAGGUGCUUCAGCAAGUGCUGCAGCUGCAGGUUCGAGAGGAGGUGCGCAACCUGCAGUUGCUCAGCCGAGCUUCCUUUGGAAACCUCUCUUAGCUCGUCCGGCUGUUUGGCAGCCCAUGCUGACUCAGUGGACUCCCUAUCACCCUGGGAGGAACUUUACAGUGUGGACGCAUGAACAGAAGCUUGUGCCUCCAAAGGGACUGGAACCUUUGACGUCCUGCCAGCCAGAAAACACUGAUACAACAAAAGGCAAUCUGCCUGGUUCCAGAGGAUAACACUGUGCUUCAAAUGGUCCUGAUACCAGUAAAUACAGAAAAAAUGUUCCAGUUUAGGAGAGCAGCACAUAGGAUCACUCAGAGUAUCAUAAUGAGUAAACCGAAGAGUUGGAACUCCAUUUGGCCCCAAUGCAGCAGGACUGCUAAUGUGUUCCUCAGUUCCCGAGAAGGUUUGCACUCACAACUUGAUCUCACACCAUUUUCUCUUUGGCCCUGGGUCAUUUAACCAGCCAAAUUGUCAAACGAAAUGUGGCCGCCUUCAGAUCACCUUAGUUCAAGACCCCAUGAUCGUCACCUGGUCAAGCUCAACCCACCACCUUCUACCGUGUUCCUGGUGUCAGCCACACACUUACCUAUCUACCGAUUUGUUUCAGUCGCUGGAAGUUGGAACAAACAUGUUACUCACAGACUGAAGUAACAACUGGUUAGCAAAUGAUUGUGAUUGUUGAUGUAGCUGAAUGCACCUCUGAUUAGGAGUUGUGCCUCCUUUCUUAGUUUGUCUGACAAAAGUCCAACAAAUUGUCUCUUGCAAAUGAUGCCAGCAGUUUAUGUGUAAG